AUGCCAUUCAACUAUGGCUUUCUCAGCCAUACGGAUCCGCUCGUGUUUGAUCCCAACAACUACAUCCUCACCACCAACGGGUUCGGGCUCUUUCUCACGCAGGUCAUCAUCAUCAUCCUGCUAUGCCAGCUGCUCGGUCGCCUCUUCAAGCUCAUCGGCCAGCCGGCCGUCGUGGGCGAGCUGCUCGCUGGCAUCCUCCUCGGUCCCACUGCGCUCGGCAACAUUCCAGGCUUCACUGAGACCAUUGUGCCCACCCAGGCGCUCGGACUGCUCAAGCUCAUGGCGGGAAUCGGUCUGUCCCUCUUCCUGUUUCUGAUCGGGCUCGAGACGGAUACCGAUCUAAUGGCAAAGUACUGGCAAAAGGUGCUGCUCAUCACGCUCCCCGGCAUGGCCAUUCCGUUUGGCAUCGCCGUCGGCAUCGCAAGGCUCAUCUGGCAGGUCGAGACGGACCAGACGGUCAAGUUCACCACCUUCUUCCUCUUUGUAGGCACUGUCAUGGCCGUCACGUCGCUCUCGGUGCUCUCGAGGAUCAUGGCCGAGAUGAACAUCCUCAGCACGCGGCUCGGAUGCAUCACCAUCGCCUCGGGCGUGUGCAACGACCUGAUCGGCUACGUGCUGCUCGCGCUCGGCUCGGCGCUGGGCACGGGAGGCAAGCAGAUCGAUGCGCUCUACCAGCUCCUCGCGGCCGCCGCCUACAUUGCGCUGCUCUGGUUCGUCUUCCGCCCGCUCAUGAACCGCCUCAUCGUGCGCAGCGGCUUCGACAUGUCGCCCGGUGCCGAGGACCGCGUACCCGAACAUCUGCUCGUCAUCGCACUCGUCGGCGCACUCGUCAGCGCCUUCUACACCGACUCGAUGGGCGUCCACCCCAUCGUAGGCGCCUUCAGCUUCGGCGUCUGCUGCCCCCACGGUAACUUUGCCGUCCGGGUGACCGAGAGCAUCGAAACGCUCGUCAUGCUCGUCCUCCUCCCGCUCUACUUUGUCACCAGCGGUCUCAGCACCAACUUCAAGCUGCUCAACGACGGCACCACCUGGGGACUUAUUGUGCUGCUCGUCGUCGGCAUCUUCGUCAGCAAGUUCGGCGCCACCGCCGCAAGUGCAAGGCUGACGGGGAUGAAGUGGCGCGAGGCCAUGUGCGUGGCGAGUCUGAUGCAGAGCAAGGGCAUCAUCGAGAUCAUCAUCCUCAACGUCGCGCUGCAGCUCGAGGUGGUGAGCGCAAAGGUGUUUGCCAUGCUCGUCAUCUGCUUCCUCUGCACCACCAUGUCCGUGCGCCCGCUCUCGCGCUACGUCUACUUUUCCAGCCUGGCGCAUCAGGCUGGCGAACAAGCGAGUGUCGAGCACGACGAGAAGCAAGCCGGCUCCGAGCCCGCAGAGAAAGAUGGUGCUGAGGACCAGUCCGCCGAGCCGGGCGAUUUCCCCAUCACAAUCGCCAUCGCUUCGCCCAGCCCGGCGAUCCAGACGCUCAUGUACCUGCUCGACCUGCUCGGGCAGCACAAUCUCACGGGCACUUCCACCGCUUCUAGCGCGGAUGCGGACGACGCUGCCGGCCAGAUCGCCGUCGACCUGCUGCGUCUGCUGCCGAUCGAGUACACCACCUCGUCCAUCAUGCAGCUCAUCAACUACUCGGACGAGCGCCAGCGCGACGAGAUGAUGGAGUCGCUCAAAAAGGUGCAGCACCUCUGCCGCGUGCCCACCUCGAGCGUGCUCGCGCACGAGCGCCGGCUCGGCCAUCUCAGCACUACGGUCGCCACGCCCGGUGCAUCCUCGGCGCCCUUGAGCAGCACCGACGUUCCUCCCGACACGUUCAUUGUUCCGCGCAGCGACAUGAUCCGCACCAUUGCGCAGCAGAACGCCAAGGCGCAGCGUCGACUCGGCAGCCCGGGCGCAGCGACGGAGCUCGGGCGCGGCUUGGCGCUGGUCACGUGGGAGGCGCACAAUGCCUACGGCCGCGGGCUGUCGUGGCUGGGCGCCGCAGCGGCUGCGAGCGGGCUUUCCUUUGCAAAGACGCUCAACGACGAGGAUGCAGCCACGAGCUUCUGGCAGGCGAACUCCGACGCACACUCUCUCCCCGCACGCCUCUUUACGGGUCUCAGGCGACAGUGCGCUACGGGUGUGCUGCUCGACCCUAGCACGACGCGCGUUGCAGCCCUGCCGCCGCAGCAUGGCAGCGAGGCGCAGCGCGAGGCGAGACGGACGCAGCUCGAGCGCGAGCACGGCCUGCAGCGUCGCGCGGGGGUGCGUCGUAUCGUAGUCCCCUUUUUCGGCGGCGCAGAUGAUCGGGCGGCGGUGGAGCUGGUGCGGCGCAUCGUGCACAGUUCGGGCGGAAGUGUGCAGGGUGUGGUGGUUGCGUUUGCCAACGAUGCAGUUGCGGAUGUAGCGCGGCUUGUGGAGCCCCACGUGCCACGCGCGCCGGAGGUCGGUGCGAUGGACGACGACGCCAUGCACUCGAUCAAUCUGCCGACGGUCUACGCGCAGGAGGCAGCGCGGGUGGAUGCGCGCUUCCUCUUCGGCCAACUCGACGCUUCGACGCGAGGGAUUCCCGAAGAGCCUGCCACUGCCGCCGCCGAUGGGGGAAGCGAGGUCGAGACGGAUCGUGCGGGGUUGGUGUUCAUCACGCUACCCGCGGCGGAGGAGGACGAGACGAGGUUGCCGAUUGCGACCAUGGCGCGCGUGGUGGUGCCGCUGCUGGACGCUCGCAGCGACAUGCUGGUGGUGGGCAGGGGCAAGUGGUCCCAACGUCCGCGCCAGUUCCGUCAGGAGGUCGAGCAGAUGCACGCCGCCAUGCCCGCGGUGAAUGACGAGGUGCGCGGCGACAUCCGGUCCGCGGGAACGUGCCUGGGUGCCGUCACCGAGGCCUUCUUGAUUCACCGCCUCGAUGCCUGCGCUAUGGUGGUGCAGGCUGCGCAACAGUAG